AUAAACGAAAAGAGAGCGAAGACUUCGUCGCAGAGACUUUGUGGAUUUAUCGUUGAGUACCUCAAAAAAAAUUGAAACCAAAUUAGGGUUUUUAUUUCCAGAUUGUUUUGUUUAUUUGAAUAAAUCUGCGCAAGUUUGAAUUAGGUUGCCAAAAUCGAAGAAAUUUUCUUCGAUUCAAAAAAAUGGGAAAAUUUUGUUGCUUCACUUCCGCUUCUGAGGUUGUGGGAGGACAAUCAUCAUCUCGAUCAGGUAAAGGAAGAAGUGAUGAAGGGAUGAUUAAGUAUGGGUUUAGUCUAGUGAAAGGGAAAGCUAAUCAUCCCAUGGAAGAUUAUCAUGUUGCUAACUUUAUCAACAUUCAAGACCAUGAAUUGGGGCUUUUUGCUAUUUAUGAUGGUCAUAUGGGUGAUAGUGUCCCUGCUUAUUUGCAGAAACGCCUCUUCUCCAAUAUCCUUAAGGAGGGAGAGUUCUGGGUUGAUCCUCGAAGGUCUAUUGCAAAAGCUUAUGAGAAGACGGACCAGGCGAUUCUAUCAAAUAGUUCUGACUUGGGUCGGGGUGGGUCUACAGCCGUGACUGCUAUAUUGAUUAAUGGGAGAAAGUUGUGGAUAGCCAAUGUUGGCGAUUCACGAGCAGUUCUUUCUCAAGGUGGCACAAUAACGCAGAUGAGUACAGAUCAUGAGCCUCGUACUGAAAGGUCGAGCAUUGAAGAUAGAGGUGGAUUUGUAUCCAAUCUACCAGGUGAUGUUCCUCGGGUGAAUGGUCAGUUAGCUGUGUCUCGUGCCUUUGGAGAUAAGGGACUUAAGACACACCUGAGUUCAGAACCUGACAUAAAAGAAGCUAUUGUAGAUAGCCAGACAGAUGUUCUUCUCUUGGCCAGUGAUGGCAUUUGGAAGGUAAUGACAAAUGAAGAGGCAAUGGAGAUAGCUAGAAGAGUGAAAGAUCCACAGAAAGCAGCAAAGGAAUUAACAGCUGAAGCAUUGAGAAGAGAGAGUAAAGACGACAUAUCUUGUGUCGUGGUCCGAUUCAGAUGACAAACUCUGAAAGAAUACUUACGAGGAGAUGGUUCCUAAUAUAAUAAACCAGCAUUUUCAAU